AUGGCAAAAAAAGGUACUCCCCCGUGUGGUAAUUUUAAUCCAGUACUGAGCUCAGGCAAACUGACUCAACAACUGAUAGUUGAUUAUUAUUGUCGUAUUGAAGGUGAUAGAUCGAAAUAUAUUAGAAGUCAGCAAUCAAAAUUAAGAGAAGAAACAUAUUCUGGCUUAGCAGACGCUUUACGAGCAACGGCAAACGAAACCAAUAGCAUAGUAGGAAAAUUGGUCGUAUUGCCUUCUUCGUUUAUUGGAAGUCCUCGAAAUAUGGUACAGAAUUAUCAACACGCCAUGGCAAUAGUAAAGGAAUUCGGAAAACCAGAUUUAUUCAUUACAUUUACCUGUCAUGCUUCGUGGCCAGAGGUUAUUACAAAAUUUUUAGAUAGUUUACAUUUAAGCGAUUUACCUCCACACAGUUUGGUACUAAAGAAAGGUACUAUUGUAAUACUCUUGAGAAAUUUAAAUGUCAUCUACAAUCUAAUGAAUGGUACAAGAUUAAUUGUACGAAAUAUGUAUGAUCAUUCUUUAGACUUGGAAUCUAUAACUGGUAAAGGAACUGGUCAGCGUAUUUUAUUGCCUAGAAUUGAUUUGACCCCGUCAGAUUCAACUCUUCUCUAUUUAUUUACCAGACAUCAAUUUCCGAUAAGAAUAGCUUUUGCUAUUUUGUAUUGCUUGCUAGAUUGUAUUUACCCCAUUCUGUAUUUAGUCAUGGUCAACUUUAUGCUACCAUGUCCAGAGUUAGAUUUUUUGAAAAGUUAA